UAACGAUAGUGGACCUAAACAAGGAAUGGUUUCAGAAAAAAAAGUUUGGUUUCGUAGGGUCACAUUUUUGUGACUUUCAGGUUCUUCAAUUGGAAAGUUGUACUGGAACGGGACAGGAUUUCUGUGACGAUGUCGUUUAAGGACGUACGAGACCUCUCGGAGCACCUGAAGAUCCUCGGCUACCCCAACAACAUCCCCCUCUCGGUCCUGAACACUCCCUACGGAGGUCCGGAAAGCUUCAAAGCCUACUACGACGUCCUUACAUGGCUGAUCGGUCGGCUCGAGCCGAACCUAAUCCUGGCCGGCGGCAUCCGCUCCGAGCAGGAUCGCGUUCUGUUCGUGCGAUCGGCCACAGAAUUUCUGGUCACCAAGUCCAGCAUCAAAGUGAACCCUCGGAAGCUGUACGCCAGCUCGGCUGCCGCCGCUAAAGAACUGCUCAAGGUGACCUCUCUGCUAAUUGCGUCCCCGAAGGUGACCGGUGCCGAUGAGGAGUCGAUCAAGUCGCACGUGGAAAUCGAUCUGUCCGAUAAGAUGGACGACUUGAAGAAGGUUCGCGGGCUGUCAUCGGAGCUGACUAAUCGCGGGGCUGCGCUAUACGAUUUACUGAAGAAGGAGUUGGUCAAUAGGGAAACUCGAAUGGUACAAUCGACGCGUCCGCUGGAAUUGGCGACGGUGGAAAAGGUGAUCAAGUCAGCGAUCACGUCCUUGGAUUCGAAACUGGUGGCGUCGAAGGCAUCGCUGGAGAGCUUGAAGGCCGAGAAUGGUAACUUGACUGCCAAGAUUCAGCGCAAGUCGUCGGAGCUUGAGCGAUCGAAGCAACGACUGCAAGCACUGCAGAAGGUGAGACCGGCGUAUCUGGAGGAGUUUGAGAAGUUGGAACUGGAAUUGAAGAAUUUGUACGAACAGUAUAUAAUCCGGAUUCGCUGCGUGGAUGCGCUGAAAUCGCAGCUGAUCAGCAAGAAUCGCACUCCGACGCCGACUUCACCGAUCGCCAAGAUGACGGACAGCAGUAUGACGAUUUUGCCGGAGGGAUUGAUGGACUCGGAUGAUGAGAAUGAAGACGAGAUCGAUGACUUCGAUGAGAGGGAGGAUGUGAAACUGAAAUCGGAUAAACGGGUAUUGCGCAGUGAGCUGUUGAACAGGGAUCGUGGCUCGACGCGUUUCCGUACAAGAACUGCCGAAGGAGGACCAUCGUCAAUGAGUGGACGGGACCGAGUCAGGAUGAUCGGUGGGAUGAACGACGAUUUGGGACCACUGGAUAGCUCUUUGGGAAGUUCGGCAGAAUCCGAAAGCGAUCUAGAGAUGGACGGAAAUGGACUUAUCGACGAACUUCGCUCGGAUGAUGAUGACGACGAUGAGGAUGACGAAAGUCUGACAAAGCUGACAAGGGAGAACUCGAACCUGGCGCGGAGCGCCAAGCAGGACCAGAGCGAUGAAGACUUUUAAAUCGUCCGUCGCCUUCAUGAUCGCUGUCUACUGAUAACUUAAUAUUUUAUUUUUAAAACACAAUAAAAUGUACAUAGGUUUAUACACAAGUGGUAGUUCCAUAAUUGCA